AUGAGUAAAUAGAAGUAAACUGAUAAUAAAACUAAUGAAUAAUUUAUUAGUGAUUUGCGGUCUCUUUUUGAAGUCACUAGCAAUAGACACAAGUAGGAUAAGGAUUUCUUGAAAAAAUUUACAUCCCUCAUUAAAAAGGAAAAACUUAUUGAUAAAAAAAAUAUCGUGAAUGAAUUGCUCAAUCUGUUUAAGCUGGCUUCCAAUUCUAAAACUCUUUAUUUUAAUACUAUUGUUGAUGGCCUAUUGCUUUUAUAAGCCAAAGACAUCAAUAUAAAUCUUGUAUUGGCUGAAGCAAUCAAAGGUCCAUGCUAAAUAGAUAAAAAGUCAAAAGAAAAUCAAGACAAUGAAGAAAUCAAACUCUUUUGCUUUCAAAAAUUGGAAAUCCAACAUGCAGAAACCCAACUCAACUUAUCCAAAGUAUUGGUGUUCAUGGAAAGAGUGUUAAAGAUGAUUUCCACCAAAACUAAAGAAGAAACCAAAAAAAUAUUUCAAUUCUUAACUUCAAUCCAGGACAUCCUGAGUCAACAAUUACAACUCUAGAGCUUAAUUUGUAUACUCAUACUCAAAAUUGUAUUGACUUUAAUGAAACACUAAGUACUCUAGAAGACAGACAUGAAAGUCUUGUAUAAUCUAAUAGAUGAAUAAAGUAUUCACUAAGUUUUUAAAAAUAUCCUAACUAUUGCAAAAACAACGUAUGUUCAUAAAUAUUAUCAUUAUAUAUUCAAAAGUUGCUUCAUGCUACUAUGUGAAAUUUGUAUCAAAAAUAAAAUGGCAGUCUACUUUUAAGCAUUUCUCUGCAGUCCCUUGAGCCAAACCCAUCUCAAAACUAUCUUCAACAUCAUCAAAGAAUUUAAUUAUCUAUUCUUCCAGGAUGUCAAAGAUUUGCCAUAUUUAUUUGAAAAACCAAGAUUUCUAAUAGAUUAUCUCCCCACAAACUUUUUAUUAGGGAUGCUCAACAGGAAUCCAGGAAAUUGGAUGUGUGUCCAAAAUUUCAUCCAAAAUCAUAUUCAAAUUGAUGAUAAAUACUUAAAUUUUACAAUUGCCAACCUAGCAUAAAGACAAUCUAAAAUAGUCGACCCAGGUUACAUCUUCUAAUCAAAUAAAUUGUAUAGUUCUCAAUCAUUAUUACCUAGGAAAAAGAAAAACAUUAAUCAAAUAGAUCAAUUGCUAAUCGAAUCUAUUCAAAUGCAAUAAGACGUUGGAGAUUACAACACUUAUAUUUAUUGUUAAUUGCAUUUACUUUUAUAUUUAAACUCCUAUGAUUUAACUAGUAAUUACUUCAGUAAAACACAAAUAUCUUGUGAUUCCAGAUUUUUCAAGAGAUUGUUCUUGCUGAAAUUAGAAGAUAAAAUCUAUAAAUAUUAAGAAAUUACAAAAUUAUCAAAACCCAGACAAGGAACUAAUUAAUACUUUACCUUCCAAAUCAACAAACAGUUAAAACAAUUAAAGUACCCUUUUGCUUAAACCUAAAUUAAAAACAUCUAUUAAGAUGUCAAACAAAUGCUCAAUAUUAACUAUCAUUUCUAAUUCCCAUUCAUUACUAAAUUUUCCUAAUAUGUCAAAGUCCUCUUUAAAGAUCUGACUCAACAAUUCUUAAACAAUACCUUAUUUCCAUUCGAUUACCAACAGUACUUUGGUUUAAUUAUGAUCUUAAGUUCAUAUUCAAAAUAAGCAUUCUAAGCCUUUAUAUUCUCAAUUUUCAAUUCAUUAUUGGUAAUGAAGAAGCCUCAUGUAGUACAUUAAGAAUUAACGCAAUUGCAAUUGUCGGCCUUAGAAGAAGUUGGAGUUAUGUUCAAUGAGUUGAAUAUUGAAGAUUCUAUAUUUUAGCAAAUGAUAGUUGCAGCUAUUCACUUCUUUUCUACAUUUGAAAUCAAAAAAAACUAAAAAAUAAAUCAAUUCACUCAAAUUCUAGAGAGAUUAAAGACGUAUUUAAGAUUGAAUUGGAAGAGUGAACAAGGCGUAUUAAAAUAAUACAAAUAACUCAUGUUGAUGGCAGUUGAUCGAUUUUUGAUGAUGAAUGGAUUAGGAGCAUAAUCUCUGAAAAAUAAUCAAAGUAAAUUUUUGAAGUUCUUCAAUACUCACUUAGUAGAUAACUGUGAUUUUAUUGAAAUUUUGAUUAAGAUAACUUAACAUAUCAAAAUUUAAGAAGUUUCAAAGUAUUUAGAAUAUUUAGGAGAGUGUUAUUUGGGAAGUCUGGCAAUUCAUAAGUAGAAUAGAAGUCUGAAAUUUUAAUUGUGUACCUAAGUAUCAAAGAGGAUUAUAUUAGAUUUUAAUGCUUUGAUUUAUUUGGAACAAAAUAUGAGAGAUCCAAAUCAACUUUAUGAAUUGCUCUAUUAUUUUCAGAGGGAGAAAAGAUUAAAACUAGAGCAACCUAAUGUUGAAUCAAAUGGAAGAUAUUAAUGUAGAAAGAAAUUAGUCUAUUUAUUCAUGAAAGAAUCGUAGUUUACAAAAGUGCAUUAUAAUUGUUUAUUGAAAUUAUUAAAAUGA